AUGAAUACAAGGAUCGUCAAUACUGGCACCAUCCAGACGGAAACAACAGGAAUCAAGUGGAUUACAAAGGCCGCACAUACUGGUGCGUUCCAACUUCAAAAAACAUCCGUAGAAGAGGGUAAUUAUGAUGAUGAUGGUAUUCAAUACUUAUUUACGAAGUUGAUGGUAAAUAUAGUGGACACACUAGCAGAAGCAGUGAGUGCUCUUACAGAUACUCCAUCAGAAAUAACAGCCGAAUCAUUAACUUCAGCAGCAUUAACCGAAGCAGUUAUCUUGUCGUCUGCUAAUACUAUAGAAGCUACGAUUGAACCACUAGUACCUGUUGCAACAGGAUCCAGUCGUGUUCCACAGCCCUUUGUUGCAACAUCUGGUAGAUCUGAAUAUGGCACAAUGAGUGAACAGAGACUACGAAUUAACAACGUAGUGAUGAUUCGUGGGUACUUUGAAUAAGUGUUACGGCAAGUGUAUCAAUAGAUGUACACAACAUCUUUUUGAACGAACCUCUUUUAUAUGGUGUAAACUAGGUUUUUCUUCAAAUUCAAUAACAGAGCAAUAAUAACCUCAUUAUUUCUUGCAUUCAUAUUUUUGACAGUUCUGGCAUCGUUGGUGAGAUACCCUCAAUCAUAGAACUGGGAAGCUGAAAAUCAUUUUUGAAGGUCAAUUUCGUUAAUCACAAAUGUUAGUAGCAAUACUGGUGCAUUUUCGCAUUUCUAGUUCAAUUUAUUGGGAGUGCUGAAUUUAAGGCUUGAUAUGGCCUCAAACUGUAAGAAAAAAUAGUUUGUAUGAAAACCGGUUUGUGAUGGAAAAUAUUUGAAAAUACUAGAAGGGUCUUUAAUUUCGACAAUCCGUACUACUGAGGCAAAUAUCAAAAAAUUUUGUUCUGUUCCAUUUUGAAGUUCUCUAACUUAUUUUGCCUGAUUUCCCGUAUGAAACUGACUCUAGAACUAUUAUUUAGAGCUUGAUCCAAUAUCAUAUGGCCAAUAAAAAAAUUCAUAAUCAAGGACACCUUAAAGGGCGCCAACAAAGUUUGCAAACCUAUCUAGUUUUUUCUGCUAAGGGACGGAGCCCAUAUUUACACUGAAUUCGAUUCGUCUUUGCAUGCGCAAAACUAAUAUUAGAGCUUUUUUGAAAUUCACUUCCGUUGCUGAAAAAAUUCUUUUUUUUUAAAUCUGAGGCGAAAAAGUCAGAGUUCUACUCGUAAUUGUCAGGUUUCUCUAUCAGAGCUCAACUUUUAUGCCAUAAGAAUAUCAUACUUCGAAACAGGGCCAGAAACUGAGUCGACUGAUGUGGAUUUAUAUCCCAUUCAACUACUUUAGCUUUUGUCGAAUUUUCACGUUGAAAAUUUAUCGAGAUUUUCACCAAAAAAUGUAAAUCAACUAAAAAUUUCGAAAUACAAAUUAGUCGACUCAGUUUUUGACCCUGAUUCUGACUAUCGAGACUGGACCGUAGGAGGUGUCUGUUGUCUGACGAUCCUCCU